CUGCGGGGGAGGAACAAAGAUGGCGGCUUGUGCUGCAGGAGUUGUUGUUGCCAUGGCGUCCUGCAGGAGGGCAAGAGCAGAGGGGAGCCCUCGGGCAGUCAGCCGCCUCUGUGAGGUGUGAAGCUUGGGCUGGCAGGGGCAAGAGGCUCUCCACUUGUGAGAGGGCUUUCCUCUCCUUUCCCUCCGCAAUGCCCCAAGCCUCUGAGCACCGCAUGAGCCGGGCUAGAGAGCAAGCAGUCAUCACCUCUCAGCCGAAAGCGACCACCAGGCUCCCAAACGGACACCGGACCCUGAGCCAAGAGCACCGUGGCCCUGCCGCCAUCUCCAACGGACUCUCGGUGACACCCAAGCUCCGGCCGUUACCACCCAGGCCAAACCCACUGGAUGACCGGGGCAAAAAGGCAGAGCUGGACCGGGGCAGGGCCUCCAAGCGUGCGGACGUGUUGCGUGGCUCUGCCUCCCGACGCGGCCCGAUGAAGGCAGACCAUGGGCUCAAAGUGCCCGGCUGCCCCCAAGCCAGCACAAUCACGGGCAGCUCUUCCUUCACCUUGCCACCAGGGGUUCUCCUCGGCGGGCCGGAUUCUGAGAGCCGGAGAAGCAACCUCAUUCGCUCCAAGUCUAUCAGUAUCGGCGAUUUGAGCCAAAUGGGCCCCCGUGGGGAGGAGCAGCUGAGCACCGUCCUGAACCGGCUGGCCCUGCGGGACCGCAGCCCCUCUUGUAGCCACAAGCUUGGCCUGGCCCUGAAGAGGAGCUGUUCCCUCCGCAGAGUCAACGUGACCGGCGGGCUGGACGGAAGGCCGACUGCCACGCUGCUGUCCGUCCGCACAGAGGGCUGCCCAAGGCUUCGUGUUUCAGACCCGCAGGCCACGGAAUACAUUCUCGCCCAAGACAUCCCAGUAUCGACAAGCCCACCCCAGAGCAAGGCCCCCAUUCCAAGCAGACUGGAAGAGAAGGCAUCUGCUACCCAUCACACCCUCCUGCUGGGGUCCGGGCACAUCGGUCUCCGCAAUCUUGGCAACACGUGCUUCAUGAACGCUGUGCUCCAGUGCCUGAGCAGCACCAAGCCCCUGCGGGAUUACUGUUUGCGUCGGGAAUUCCGGCAGGAGCAGCCCAGCGCUCUGCGAGCCCAGCAGGAACUGACUGAAGCAUUUGCAGAUGUCAUUGCUGCCUUAUGGCACCCCGAUUCCAUGGAGGCCACCAACCCCGGCCGCUUCAAAGCUGUCUUUCAGAAAUACGUGCCGUCCUUCACAGGAUACAGCCAGCAAGAUGCUCAGGAGUUUUUGAAAUUUCUCAUGGAUCGGUUGCAUGUGGAAAUCAAUAGGAAGGGGCGCAGAACUCCCAGCAUCCUCUCUGACACCAAGCGGACCUCGGUGCUGGAGGAUGCCGACACGCUGAGUGAUGACGAACAAGCCAACCAGAUGUGGAAGCGCUACCUGGAGAGGGAAGACAGCAAGAUAGUAGAUCUCUUCGUUGGCCAGCUGAAGAGCUGCCUCAAAUGCCAAGCUUGUGGUUAUCGGUCCACCACCUUUGAAGUCUUCUGUGACCUUUCCCUGCCCAUCCCAAAGAAAGGCUUCACUGGCGGGAAGGUCUCCCUGCUCGACUGUUUCAGCCUCUUCACCAAGGAGGAGGAGUUAGAUUCUGAAAAUGCGCCGGUGUGUGACAAAUGCCGGCAAAGGACCCGAAGCACCAAGAAGCUGACCAUCCAGCGUUUUCCCCGCAUCCUUGUGCUGCAUCUGAACCGUUUCUCCACCACCCGCUACUCCAUCAAGAAAUGUUCUGUGUAUGUGGACUUCCCCCUCCAGCAGCUGAACCUGAAGGAGUUUGCCAGUGAAAAGGCCGGCACCCCUGUGUACAACCUCUACGCCCUCUGCAAUCACUCCGGCAGUGUACACUAUGGCCAUUACACAGCCUUCUGCAAAGACCAGUCCGGGUGGCGGGUUUACAAUGAUUCCAGAGUGUCUCCCAUCAGCGAGAACCAAGUCCCGUCAAGCGAAGGUUACGUUCUUUUCUACGAACUGGACGACGUGCACUGGAAGAAGCAGUAAAAGUAUUGAACCCAGCACUUUGGCCUGCCGCCCUCUUACCUCAGAGACUGGUGCUCGGGUCUUUUUUUAUUUAAAAAAAAAAGAAAAAAAAACCCAACAACAACAGACAACACUGUGUGCGGUUUGUUUCUAAGAGUGACCCAGUUUGUCCAACCCUCCUACACACAUAUAUAUACCCUCUUUAUAUUUCCCCCGUCCUAUUGUAUUUUUGAGACAGGACCAGGGAGGAGAGGGGAAGCAAAUCGAUCAUGGUUACAAUUCCCCCAUGCUACGUUUAAAGCGGGUGAGGGUUAAUACGGAUGUCUGGCCCGACCAUUCAUCCCAAGGGGAAAUAAUACCCGCUCCCCCUCUCCAGUUGCAGAUGGUACUGACCACUACUGAUUUUAACGACUCUGUGACUUUGUACAUAAAGAUGGCUUUGUACAUAGCUGACGAGAGAGAAAAUGAAGAGGAUGAAA